AUGUCAGUCAGGAAAGAGAUGCAGCUUGAAAAGUUAAUUGAUGAAGCUACAAGAAAAAACAAUUUCCGAUUAUUAGAACAAUUUCUGGCAACAGAAGACCGUGAAAAUGUCUCUUACAAAUGCAGCAAACAGUUUGUCAACAAAUUUGACAAGUUGCUGUGUCGGGAACUUGACAAACAAGAAGUCAAAAACAUUUCUACUUUACUGACUUCUGUUCAGAGAUGUGGGAAGAAUGUCAGCAUAGCAGGAGAAGACGGGUUCCCAGCAAUGAUAAAACACGGUCUUAUUGGAAGGAUGGUUAAUUGGUUUGAAAAGAUAAAAGAGAUUUUCAUGCUCAGUGGAGAUGCAAAGAAUGAAACGCUUAUAAAUCUGGCUGAAGACCUCUUCAAUGUGUUGCUGGCUGUAUGUGAUAACAGACCUGAAGGUAAAAUGCAAAUACUAGAAAACUUUGUUCUGAGAACAUGUACCCUCAUUGUUGAUGAACAAAUUAGUAUUUAUGUUCAGCAAGAGGUAGUAAGAAAACUUAAUUUAAUGCUUGACAACAUGCCUCGAGAUGCCAGGAAAAAGAUAUUUUCAACAAAGGAAAUGUUGCUUGUCAUGGGUGACAUGGGGAGGAGAAUUUUGGAUGCUGGAGACUAUGACCUGCAAGUAGCCAUCACGGAAGCUUUAUGCAGAAUGAUAACAGAGAAGCAAAGAGGAGAACUGGCAUGCCAGUGGUUUUCCAUGGAGUUUGUCUCCAAUGCAUUUAAAGGGAUUAAAGAUUCUGAGUUUGAAACAGAUUGCAGAAAAUUUCUUAACCAAGUGAAUGGCAUGCUUGGCGACAAAAGAAGGGUCUUUACAUAUCCCUGUUUAUCAGCAGCUCUUGAUACUUAUGAGCUACAGAUACCAUUGGAUGAAAAUCUUGAAGAAUUCUGGAUUGAUUUCAAUGUUGGUAGCAGAAGUAUAUCUUUCUAUGUGGCAGCAGAUGAUGCAGAUCAGCGUUGGGAAACAGUUGUUAUACCAGAAGAAGAGGUAGACCUGUACUGCCUUGAAGAAAAAGAUUCGAAGAAAUUAUUAACAAUAGAUCUAAAAAGCCCAAUGAAUGUGGGUAAUCAAAAAGGAGAGAAAAUUUUAUUGUAUUUUGAUUCUAUCUUGGAAAUCAAAGAAGUAGCGAGAAAAAUUUAUGGAUUUAGUAAAUGCAAGGUUCUGAUACCAGAAAGUCAGUUGUCACCAUGUUUGGAACAAAAAUCUGAAGAAGAGGAGAAACUCAGUAAGUACAAAACCCAGCAACUUCCUGGAACUUUGAGGACUCUGAAUAAAAAUAGCAGUCAAGAAAAAUUCAGAAGUGAUUCCUCCAAGAUAACCACAUCUUCUAAACGAAAAGUGUCUGAAGCAUCUGUGGUUAUUGCUGGAACUACCAGAUUUUCCAGGAGGAGUCCACUGGUAUUCGUUAGCACAUCCACUCCUUAUAAAGAACGAUUUAAAUUACCUUUGGAAAUGGUCACCUCUGCUGAACGGUGUAAGCUUAAUGCAAUAAGUGAGACCAGAACAAAGGAUUUCCAUCAGCAACCUACUGGAAGUGGACAGAGAUAUACACUGAACAAUGAAUUUGCUGAAACAGAACAGAAAAUCAUGAAUUCAAAUAGCAGAAAUGAGGCAAAACUAUCUGAAAAGAAGGUAUGUACUGAAGAAGUUUUGGAAAUGGUACAAGAGGAAGAAAUGGGGGCCACACAGAAGCAAACUUUAGAUGAAGCAUUUGAAGAUAUUGUUCCAGAUUCUCAGCCAGCAGGGAGAAGCGACAAACCUUUGCUGUCUAGUCUUUUGGAGAGUUCUUUUGAUGAAACCAAAACACAGAAAAAAAGAGCAUGCUCUAUUUCUGAGACCUAUAUAAGAACCGGUGAGAAGCAGAAGCCAAAGCCAUCGUUGACAUACACAUCCCAACCAGUUAGUGAAAGAGCUGUGAAAACAAAAAGGAUUUACUCAGUUUUUUGAAGUAUCUUUCCAGAUAAAGAAAUUCUUUAAAAAAAGAGGAGAAAACCAAGACAUUAAAUUGAUACCAUGAGGGAAGAAGGCUGCAAAAUACUUAGUGGACAGUCAGAAUGUAAUCAUUUGAAACAGAAACUGUUAAGUACAGAAGGGAAAAAUAUUUCAACUACUAUUGAAAUGUCAUUUAAAACAUUUCUUUCAGCUAGAGUGUCCGAAACAUCUUUGCAUCCUGAUUUUACAAAAGAGGAACAUGAUGUUCUCUUCAGAAAAGAUUCAAAACAAUCAAAGACGAAAACAAAGUCUAAAGAAAUGACAGACACAACAAAAUCACUGAUUAAUAAAAUCAGUGACAGAUAUAAAGUAAAGACUGAUGAGAAAAGCAGAGCAAGAGGAUCCUUGGGUUUUAACAGGUCAUAUUUAAACAAAUCCUGUGUCUCUAAGGAAGAAGUUCAGGAUAGAAGCCUGAAUACCACUACUUCUUUUAAUAAAACUGCUGGUCGUAUUAUGGAUGAUGUCUACAACUUCAACAUCAGUGGGUUGGAUGAGCCUACAAUAAAACUUGGAACUAGAAACAAUCCAAGUAGGAAACAUCUCUUCAGUGACACAGACACAGAAUACAGAGGUGAUGACAAGACAGAUAUUAGUUGGCUACAGGAAUCAAAUAGAAAAUCUAAAGCCCAGUUAAUUGAUUACAAUAGAAAUAAAAACUUAAAGAAACCAAUAAACACAGACAAAGAUAAAUUCUCUGAACGUGCUUGUCAUGUGGAUAAACCUAAAGGCAGAAAUACAAAUAAGAAAAAGGUAAAUGAAUGUAAAAAACAGAGUGCAAGAACUGAUGAAUCAAUAGAACAAACCACCAGAGAAAAACGACCUCGAAGAGCAACACUGGCAAAAAACUAUAAAGAACCUUCCAGUUCAGAGUCAGAGAGUGAAAGGACAUCAUCAGCAUGCACCUAUAAGGAGGAGAAAUCAAAACCAGAGAAGCAUACAAAUGGGAAAAUAAAGGAUGAUAAUUGGCAAAAGGAUCUCCAGAAUAUUGUAUGUGUGGAGUCAAAGAGAGGAGUAACUGCCAACAUACAAAAAGCAUUUAUUAAAUCAAAGAAUCCUGCAGAACAAAAGGAAAUUGAAAAGCCCUCACCUGAGAGUCCUGCAUCUCUUGAAACAAUGAGGUGUGCUGAAAUAAUAUCAGAAGGAGAUAUUACUCAAGAGCAGAUGUCACCUGGUCUUCAGGAGUCAACGCCAGAAAAAAGAGAAAUGUUAAACUUUGAGAAAGGAAUCUCUCCCAAUGACUUCUAUCUGCCAAAAAAGAAUAUUCAAAGUAAAUGUCUAAAUCAGUCUUCUGAGACACCUGUUAAAAAGUUAACAUUUGGAAAUAAAAGUUUCUCCCCAGUUUUAACUGAAGCAUCUUUGCUCACCUCGACAAGGUCUAAACCUGUCAGUGGAAAACAUGCAAAGGGAUCUGUAUCUGAAGCACGUGAUGGUAACAAAGAUUCCAGUUUCAGACCUUGCUUUUCAGACACACUUUCUAUUAAAGGAAAACUGCAAGAUACAACUAGACCCAUCGCCAAAGGUAGAGAAGAGGGUACUGUACCACCAUCUCUGUCAUCUGCUUCCAGUGGAAGUAAGGUGCAGUCUUGGAGUGAAGAACCUUAUGCUCCCAUUCAUGAGUCAGGACCGACUGUGCAGACAUGUCUCAAACGAAAGUACCCAAGUGAUACAGAAAGCAAUUCUGAUGAAGUAAAAACAAACAAAGAGGUGGAAAAAAAAGGAAAGAGAACAAGAAAGUUACAGCCUAGAAGAUUAUUUAAAACAGAUGAUGCUGUUACUUACAGAGUGUCUGAAAGCAUAUCUACUCUAUCUGUGAAUGAUUUGUCUGUUCUGGAUGGGGAAAUCUGGGAACCUGAUUGCACAACUAUCAGUAUAUGUCAGAAGUUCCAAAAAGAAUUCACCAAGAAAAUCGAGAGCCGCUCACGGAAAAUGGAUCAUUUUACUAAGCAAUCGUUAAGAGCUGCCCAUGAGCAUCUGACAACAAUGUGCUAUGAGCUUCGUGAAAGCAGGAUCAGGCAGCUGGACAAAUUUCAUGUUGCUCUCCUUGAGGAACUUGAGAAAUUUGAACAAGAUUCUCAGUCCUUGAAAAACAUGGAAAAAGAAUUCUCGACCUUUUGGGAAAAACAUAGACAUACUUUUAGUACCUACAGGAAAAAUGAGCAGCAAAGAGUUCAGAUUCUUAAAACUUCAUUUGAGAAGAACAUCUACCAUACUGACUAUGAAGAGCAUAUUUUUACUUCAGAGAUUCAUCUGAUGAAAGAAGACAUAAAAGGACUCCAUGAGAAACUUCUUAAAGAAAUGCAAGAAGAGGAGCUGUGUAAUGUUCGCAGAGCAUUGCAGACUUUUUUUCAAUCAGAAGAUAGAAUUCUGAAGUAA